CUGUGUAUCACUUCAGAUGCUCAGACAGAAUUUAAAAUGCGCUCCUCCGCCUUGUCACCACUGUUGUGCGCAUUUUCUUGACGAGCUCGUGUUCCCACAGCAUGGUGCUCGGACUCAGAUGCUCAGCACUGCUUCUCUCCAUCACCAACCGCUAAACUCUCACGGACACCUAAUUAGAGAGCAGAGCACCUGUCCCCCCCCCCCACCUUCAGAGAAGAGAUGCAGGCGGUGGGCAGUACCCAGAAAUGCUCUCAUCGGGCCUUCAGCGUCCUGGAUCGUCUGCUGAUAACACAUCCUGUGUGGCUGCAGCUGUCACUCAACAAAGACUCCGCCCUCUACAUCCUGCUCAGAGAGCCUGUUGGGACCUUUUUGGUGCGAAAAUGCAGCUCCAGCCAGAGGAAGGUGCUGUGUUUUAGGGUGACAGCCGAUAAAAGUGCCUCCUCUGUAAAGGAGUGCUUCAUCUGUGAGGAGGACUCCACAUUCGCCUUGGAGAGCUCAGCACUCAGCUUCCCUGACCUGUGUCGACUCGUGGCCUUCUACUGCAUCAGCAGAGAUGUGUUGCCCUUCCCACUAGAGCUACCUGAUGCCAUCGCUAACGCCACAACACACAGGCAGCUGGAGGCCAUCUCACACAUGGGACAAGAUUUCUGGAACGGGCCGAGUGCUUCAGAGAUCCAAAAUGGACCAGUGGACCCAGUUCCAUCAACCAGCGGCAGUAGCCAGGGUCCGAAGACAGUGACCCUGGACCAAUGUACCCUGUUGACACAGGGCAGACAGGGCAAACUUUGCUUUAUCAACCCGCUCUUCCUACAGCUGGAGGUUACCAAGCAGCCGCAACUCGUAAACCACAGUGCCUCCAAUAAACGGCACCGCUUCAAGCGCAGCAUGCGGCUCCGGCUCUCUGAGUCCUCCAUGAAUCUGUCGCUCGAGGGGAUUGGCUCCUACUCCCCUCCUUCGUCCUUGGACAGGCCCACGGAGUCGGAUAUGCUGCACAAGGCCGGCUCACACCAUCAGAGAAGAGUCCACCCCGGGGCAGGGGUCCUGAGGAGAACCCCUGCUGUGUCACCUGGCUCUGCAGAAGAAGAGGACGUGGUGUCUGUCCAUGUGCCACAAACAUCUACAAAGAACGAGGAGUCUCCACAGCCCCAGCAGGCCGCCCGAGCAGCGGGGCCAGGCACCGAGGUGUCUGCUCUGGCCCUGGAGCGCCGCCCGGCUCCGUCCUUGGCUGAGCUCGACAGCAGCAGCUCCUUCAGCAGCAUGGACGAGGACAAUGACUCAGAUUCGGAUCCAGAAAGCGUGGCUCGAUCCCACACUUACAUGUACCCGCGCCCGCCACUGGUGCGCGCCAGAGGCCGCGGCGGGCUGCACCGCAUGAGCGAGGCAUUCGUGUGCUUCUUUGCUCCUGAUAAGCGGCUGACGCGACUGGUCGAGGAGCUGUCCAGAGACAGGCGCUCGUCCUUUGGCAGCAUGGUUCAGGACUUCCUCCUUGCACAGAGAGAGGUGCUCAAAAACAUAGCUUCCUCCUCGUCCUCGUCAUCAUCCCGCGUGACCUCAGUGCAGCUCCUGCAGGGUCUGCGCCUGUUUUUGUCCCAGGCACGGUGCUGCCUGCUGGACAGCGGAGAGCUGGAGCCUCCCAUUGAGACACUUGUGCCAGAGAAUGAGAAAGAUCUGGCGUUGGAGCGGGCCAUGUUCUCCUGCGUGCUCAGGCCUCUGCGGUCCCCCCUCGAUAAAGCUCUGGUUGAGUUGCACAAUCAGGACGGCUCCAGCCAGCGUCUCAACCAGAACCUCCUUCACCUGAAGGGAGACGCAGCCAUGGAGCGGCUCGGUGUGAGGACCGGCGUCCCUGACAGCCGCGAGGUGGAGAGGGUGAAGCAGAAGCUCGUCCUGAUGCAGCGUACGCACUCACCCAUCGACAAGGUGCUGCUUCUGCUGCAAGUGUGCAAGUGCGUCCACAAGGCCAUGGGGUCCUUACACGGCCAGGAAGUAAGCUGGGAUGACUUUCUGCCAUCACUGUCGUACGUGAUUGUGGAGUGUAACAGGCCUCACAUCCUGAUCGAGGUGGAGUACAUGAUGGAGUUGCUGGAGCCCUCCUGGCUUGGAGGAGAGGGUGGGUACUACCUGACUAGUGUUUAUGCCAGCCUGUGUCUGAUCCAGAGCUUGGACAGGGAGCAGCCGAUGUCGGGCUGCCUGACUCCAGAGGCUCAGGAGGCGCUCAAAGAGUGGAGCUGCAGACGAAGCCGAGAAGCCCAGAGACAAAAGGAGACCCAGCAGAACCAAAGGUGCGUUCGGAUACUGUUCCAGGACGGGGAGCGGAGCGCCGUGCGGACGUUGCAGUGGAGAGCCGGAGAGACCAGCGAGGCCCUGGCGCAGCUGUGUGCCGCCACCUUCGAAGUGUCCGACCCGCAGCAAUACACCCUGUACUGGCGCAGCGGCGGCGAGAUGCGGGCCCUGCCGCCUCAGGCCCAGCCCCAGGACCUGGCCAGCCACAGCGAGGGAGGCCCGUCGCUCUCCUACCUGAGGACCGACCACGACUUCAGCAAGAUGCGGCGGCUCACCCGAGGUGGCGCCGUGGACCUGAGCGAGUCGGUGUGUGAGGAGUGAGUGGGAGGCAUUGGUGAGGGAGGAAGGGGGAAGGAAGGAGGAGGAGGAGGAGAUGAUGGAUGGUUGCUCUCGCUUUCUCUCUCUCUCUCUUUCUCUUUCUCUCUCUUGUUUCUGUCUCUCUCUCUCCGGCGGUGUGUUGUGUCUCGUCGUGGGUCAGGACUUGUUGUUAAAAAAAACUUCAGCCCUUCUUCAGACCAGGAGCGGACCUUAAACGGUAAACUCUUCCCUAAAUGGACCAACAUGCAGAGCACAGCAGGACCAACACAGGGACUGUUGCCAAAAGUUGUACUGUGCGGCACUCAGUGUGGCUGCUGCUGUAAAGGAGUGUACUGUUUGUGACAUGGAAAUGUUUUAAUAAAUGGAUUUGAUUGUAAUCAGAAACAUGAAAACCCCCCCCCCAGAGUUAUACCAUGAAGGGAUUACAUCAUGUAAACGUGAGGAGGCUCAAAUCCAAAGACUAAUUUUGUGAGACUACUGUUGCCUGGAAACAAAAAACCCACUUCCUGUACGCACAGGAGAAAAGGCAAAUUGUCCACCGUGGUGAUGUAACCCCUUUCGCUGUAUAGUCCUGGGUAAAAUCUUAAAAGACACUUGGAUGUUUUAUUUCUUCACUUUUAUGUGUAAAAGUCUGCAGAUCUUGAUGGAACCUUUUUUUUUUUCUUUUUUUUUGAAUGGUUUGGGUUCAAACCCCCCCCCCCCCCCCCCCCCCCUUUGAAUACAGCUUGACAAAAAAAAAAAAACAUAUUACAGCCAAGACCGAAACCUUAAUGCCAAAGUGACCAAAACAGGUAAAGAGAGGCCAUUUUGUGAUACAACAGGUGUUUACCUUGAAAGAAAUCAGGUUCACAAGGUUUUUAUUUUUAGAAAUCACCCACAGAUACUCUAUUUAUUUUUGCUUUAUGGAGGGGGGAAAAAAAGCGCAGCUCUUCUCCUUUCUCGUGUAUUCUAUUAAGUGUUUUUUGGCAGGUGGAGUAAUGAGCGAGUAGGAGGGAGGUGAUAGAAAAGCAUCAGCUCUCUGAUUUUUUUUUUUUUUUUUCAAAACCAUGUGAGAGGAAAGAGAGGAAAAAAAAAAAAAAGAAAGCAUCACAUCGACACUCCGAGACAACCUGCAACAGAUUUACUGAAUGACUUGCGAAUGUAUUAGGCUCUCUAUUUUUUUGCCUGUCAGAAUUUAAUCCUUUCACGAAACAACACACAUUCAUUUCAUGUUUCCAGCCCACUGCUUUUCAGUUCUUCUGUUUCUCUUGGCCGUGAUGUAAAAUAAAAACUGCGUUACAACCAGACUGAGAGGACAGUCGGACCAACUGGACCAGCACCCGGAGGUGACUGGUUGAAUGUACAUUUUUAAGAAAAGAAGUCACCAGCUCCUGGCGACUCCUGCUGCAAGUCAUCACCACCAGACUGUUCAAUCAGUGUCAUGCUCCACCUUCAUAUUGUGUAUUUUAAAGCUAACUUUUAAUUGUUGGAUUUGUCGGGUAGAUAUCAAACCUAAGUAUGGAUUUUCAACCAGCUGAGGAGGUUCAUUUUGGAGAACUUUGACGUGUUUUUGGACAUUAUUGCAUGCUUUUUUUUUUUUUUUUUUUCUUUUCAUUUUUAACGUAAAGGUUCUGCGAAUGUGGUGUGUGCGUGAAGCAUGUGUUCACUGUGAGAGCUCACUAUUUUCUUUUCAGUGUGGAAACACAUUACUGUAUUUUUUCUGUCAGGUGACUCAGUAUCGCAAUAAAGAAUUGCAAUAUCUGUU